AAGAGAAAGAGGAUAAUGAGUGGAGAAGGAAAGGUGGUGUGUGUGACAGGUGCUUCUGGUUUUAUUGCUUAUUGGAUUGUUAAGUUCCUUCUUCAACGUCGUUACAUCGUCAGAGCCACUGUUCGUGAUCUAAGUAAUCCCAAAAAGGUUGACCACUUGAUUAAACUUGAUGGUGCAAAAGAGAGGUUGAAACUCUUUAAGGCUGAUCUUUUGGAAGAUGGUUCUUUUGACUCUAUUAUUCAGGGCUGUCAUGGUGUCUUUCAUACUGCUUCACCUGUUCGUCAUGUCGUAGAUGACCCUCAGACUGAGUUGAUUGAUCCGGCACUAAAAGGAACUAUUAAUGUUCUUAAAUCAUGUGCGAAAUCACCUUCUGUGAAACGAGUUGUCUUUACUUCUUCUGUCGCUGCAGUUGCGUUAAACACAAGGCCGAAGAAUCCAGAAGUUAUAGUUGAUGAAACAUGGUUUUCAGUUCCAGAUUUCUGUAGGGAAUCACAGUUAUGGUAUCCUCUUUCAAAAACUUUGGCUGAGGCUGCUGCCUGGGAAUUUGUAAAUGAAAACAAGAUUGACAUGGUUGUUAUUAACCCAACAAUGGUUGCAGGACCUCUCUUACAACCAGAGGUUAAUGAAAGUGUUGAACUAAUUCUAAACCUAAUCAAUGGCAUACCUUUUCCAAAUAAAGCUUUUGGAUGGGUGAAUGUGAAAGAUGUUGCGGACGCCCAUAUUCGUGCAUAUGAGAUUGCUUCAGCUAAUGGAAGAUUAUAUUGUUUGUCUGAGAGAGGGGCGCACUAUUCAGAUCUCGUUACGAUCUUACAUGAUCUAUACCCAACAUUACAAAUUUCAGACAAAUGUGAGGAUGAAGAACCAUAUUUGACAACAUAUCAGAUUUCCAAGAAAAAGGCUAAAAGUUUGGGAAUCGAGUUUACGCCUUUGGAAGUCAGCCUCAAGGAGACAGUGGAAAGCUUCAGGGAGAAAAAGAUUGUCGACUUUUAAUCCGCCACGACAUCUCACUUAAUUAAUAAACACAUGAUAAGAUGUUAGUAUCAUUUGAUCCAUGAAGUGGAAGUGAAUCCCACUUAGGAGAAGAAUAACACUUAUGA